GAUCCCCAAAAACGAAUACGUCAUGACGCAAGUCACGCAACACGUUCAAUGAGUUGUGUUUCUGGGAUGGCUCCCAUCAAAAUAAAACAUAUCGUCUCGUUUACAUCACAGGAUAGUAAGAAUGGUGUGAAUAAUCUGUGUGAAGACAGUAACAGCAGCAGACCGUGGUUGUGCAGUGUCCAGGACUGCAAUGGAGUCCUCAGUGUGGAAUUACAGAUGGAGCGAGCAUCUGCUGUAGGAUUCAUAAAAUUCACCUACUAUUAUCUGAUAUACAACUGUGGCUCUGCGUUCAUUCAGGUUGAUGUCGGCCGCUCCUCCUGGUCAUCAGACCAUCCUUAUGUCACCCUGCUGCCCACUGCAACACUCAUGAGUCCAGUGGACUCGAAACAGGGCACUGGCCAUCAAAAUGUGAGCAUGUUUAAAAAAGUUGAUUUUCUCCCUCAGGCUGCUGAGGAGAGCUGGAACAGACUGCGAGUCACCUGCACUCAGCCUUUCAACAAACGGUCACAGUUUGGUCUGUCCUUUCUGCGCAUCCGCACCAUGGAAGACGAGGCCGAAUAUUCCUCAGUGCAACAUGAAGAUACUGCUGCUGAAAAUCUGUGCACACCAGAAAAGAUGACAUCCGUGAUGGAGUGGCUUUCCAGUCCAGCUAUCCAAAACACAUUUUUUGGGCGAAUCACAGGGGAUGUCUCCUCAGAUCGCCAAAGGAAUGCUGGGAGUUUGAGUCGGACAGAGCGCAUGGUCAAAGCUGCCCACUCUAACAGACGCUCCUUGUCAACAUCCCCCUGCAGUACUACAUCCAGCACAACACCUCCGAGAGAAGAUAACGUGAAAUCCCCACCAGGUGGAUUUAGGACUUCCGGUGACCAACUAAAGGCCCCUCAAGAGCAAAGGAAGAAGUCAAAGGCACGGCAGAGCCUUAUAAACAGUGGCGCUCCACGGAAGAGAUCCAGACCUACAGCUUCCACCCAUGAACCCAGCUCAACGAGCCCACACAGAAGUGCCCACCAGGCUCCACAGGGCUCUCCUGAGACGAGAUGUCCUCUUUGUGGAGAAUCCUUCAGUCCUGAUUAUCUGCCUUUCCAUGCUUCCACCUGCCUGGAUUCUGAUUCAGCGGAGCUCAUGGGAGUCAGGGAAACAGAGGUCAUGAGCUCACUGUACUCAUCUGCUUUUGGCUCUGGAGCAGAUGAGCAUAUGGUUUCAUGUCCUCUUUGCUCCUUCCGAUUCCCCCCAGACCGUAUCCAGCAGCACGCCAGCACCUAUGGCGACACGGUAGAGCCAGGAACUGUGAGGCUGAACUGAGAGAAGAGCACUGUGGUCUCGGAAACCUUCUCAGAAUAGCAACAUACAAAUAGAAAUCGGUGUGUCCGAUGAUGGAAAACCUCACGCCAGAACAAUGGCGCAAGAUUGUGAACAAGAAGUUUCGCUUCCCUGCGGAGCUCCUCGGGGCCAUCCGAGAGGGCAACGUGAACAUGGUCUCUUCGCUGCUGAAGAUGGGUGACGGCAUCAUGCGCCAGCUGGACGACUCUGAGGACAGGCUAUGGAGAGAAGCGCUGAACUUGUCCAUCCGACUGGGCAACGAGGACACCAUGGACACCCUUCUCCAAGGGGUCAAGUUAGACUUCUGGCAGAUUCACGAAGCUCUUCUGGUGGCUGUGGACACCAACCAGCUUCGAGUGGUCAAACGCCUCCUGGACCGGCUUGAUCUCGAGAAGGGAAACAAGAUGGAUGUGCGCUCUUUCUCAAUGGACAUUUUUGACCACUCCAUUGAUGAUUCCUAGUUUGCGCCUGGACUGAAACCACUGACACUGGCCUGUCAGAAGGAUCUGUAUGACAUUGUGACAAUGCUCAAUCAGAAAGGUCACGAAAUUCAUUGGCCGCAUAAAAUCUCAUGCACCUGUCUGGAGUGCAGGAAUGGACGGCAAUAUGAUUUGCUCAAGUUCUCAUUGUCUCGUAUCAACACCUACCAAGGAAUUGCCAGCCGCGCUUACCUGUCCAUCACCGCAGAAGAUGCCAUGCUCAGUGCCUUUCGACUCAGCCAGGAUCUCCGCAAGCUGUCUAAAAAGGAACCUGAAUUUAAGCCUCAGUAUCUUGCCCUGGAGCAGUUGUGCCAGGAGUUUGCCGUGGAGCUGCUUGGAAUGUGCCGGAACCAAAGUGAGGUCACCACCAUCCUGAACAGCCUUGGGGAUCAGGAUGAGGACAGCGAGGACGAGCUGGACCAGCAGGCGUUCGAGGAGGGCAUUCCAAACCUGGCUCGCUUAAGGCUUGCCGUCAACUAUAAUCAAAAACAAUUUGUAGCCCAACCAAUCUGCAAGCAAGUACUCUCCUCCAUCUGGUGUGGGAACCUUUCAGGCUGGAGGGGCAGCAGAACAGCCUGGAAGCUCCUGGUGUCUUCUGGGAUCUUCCUGACCAUGCCUAUCCUUUGCCUCUUCUACUGGAUCGCACCAAAGUCAAAGGUUUUUGCCUUCUACAAAAGCUUUCUACACUGUAAAAUGAUUUCUGCUGCUUGGUUAAUUUACUUAAGGAAUAGUUCACCCAAAAAUGCAGAAGAUUUACUCACUAUCAGGCCAUCCUAGAUGUAGUUGAGUUUGUUUCUUCAUCAGAACAGAUUUGGAGAAAUUUAGCAUUACAUCACUAGCUCACCAAAGGGUCCUCUGAAUUGAAUGGGUGCUGUCAGCGUGAGAGUCCAAACA